GGACAGCGUCGAUGACAUCAACCUUCAUCCUCAUUCUCUCCUCCGAGGCGCGCGAGUAAUGCUCCGGUCGGUCCGUCGGUGUUCGGGAACAUUCACACCUGCGCUGCUCGAGUCCUCAUGACACUGAAUGUUCACGCAGGAAAACCGGAUCAGACCACUGGGGAUUAUGAAAACCAGGACAUGAAGCUGAAACACAACUAGAAAUAAAGAGCAGAGAAACAGUGCGUGUGUCUGGACGUUGAGGUCGAGAGGUCAUGGCUGCUUGCAUCACUGGUGGUUGGGUUCGAUUCCUGCUUCUCAUCCUCAUCUCUGUGCUGCACGCCUCCUGCGAUGCGUUGUUGGCGCCGAGGUUCACGAAGAUUCCCACGGAUCAGAUUGGCGUGUCCGGUGGUGUUGUAUCUUUCGUGUGUCAGGCCGCAGGUGACCCAAAGCCGCUGGUGUUCUGGAAUAAAAAGGGCAAGAAAGUGAAUUCACAGAGAAUUGAGACAAUAGAGUUCGAUGAAGGGGCGGGAGCGGUGCUGCGGAUCCAACCACUCAGAGCGCCGCGUGAUGAAAACGUUUACGAGUGUGUCGCCAGAAACACUGAGGGUGAAAUCGCCGUCACCUCCAAACUGUCCAUCAUCAGAGAGGACCUGCUGCCGUUUGGGUUCCCGAGCAUCGACAUGGGUCCACAGCUGAAGGUGGUGGAGAGGACUCGAACGGCGACCAUGAUGUGUGCGGCCAGUGGAAUCCCGGAUCCAGAGAUCUCCUGGUUUAAAGACUUCCUGCCCGUGGAGCCGGCGCUCAGUCAAGGGCGAAUCAAACAGCUGCGAUCAGGUGCUCUUCAGAUCGAGCGCAGUGAAGAGACGGAUCAGGGGAAGUAUGAGUGCGUGGCGUCUAACUCUCAGGGCGUGCGCUACUCGUCCCCUGCAAACUUAUACGUGAGAGUUCGGCGUGUUCCUCCUCGCUUCACCAUCAUGCCCACCAGUCACGAGAUCAUGCCGGGCGGCAGCGUGAACAUCACCUGUGUGGCGGUCGGGUCGCCCAUGCCCUACGUGAAGUGGAUGCUCAAUUCUGAGGAUCUGACGCCCGAGGACGAGAUGCCCGUCGGGCGAAAUGUUCUCGAACUGAACAGCAUCCGUGAGUCGGCUAACUACACCUGCAUGGCCAUGAGCAGCCUGGGCAUCAUCGAAGCGGUGGCACAAGUGAUCGUUAAAUCUUUACCCAGAGCUCCCGGUACCCCCAUCGUCACGGAGACGACCCCCACCAGUGUCACCAUCACCUGGGACUCCGGUAACCCUGACCCCGUGUCCUAUUACAUCAUCCAGUAUCGCGCCAAAUCGCCGGACAGCAAGUACGAGACGGUGGACUCGAUCACCACGACACGCUACAGCAUCGGCGGUCUGUAUCCCAACACGGAGUACGAGAUCCGCGUUUCUGCCGUCAACACCAUCGGACAGGGUCCGCCCAGCAACAAGGUGGAAGCUCGCACCGGCGAACAGGCCCCCGCCAGCCCGCCGCGAAACAUCCAGGCACGCAUCAUAUCCCAGAACGCCGUGAUGGUGCGCUGGGACGAGCCGGAGGAGCCCAACGGUCUGAUCAAAGGAUAUCGAGUUUAUUACACCAUGGAUCCGUCACAGCCAAUGAGCAACUGGCAGAUCCACAACGUCCAGGACAGUGUCAUCACCACCAUCCACAGUUUAGUGCCGUCUGAGACGUACACCGUACGCGUGCUGGCGUUCACGUCGGUGGGAGACGGACCGUUCUCUGAUCCCGUUCAUGUCAAAGUGAGACCUGGAGUUCCCGGACAGCCAGGGAAGUUUCAGGUGGGUAAAGUGACGGACACGAGUGUUGAGUUGACCUGGGAACCCGCGUACUCCAAAGAACCAGUGAAGAGUUAUGAACUGAUCUAUAAAGCUCCAGAGCUCGGCAUUCAGGAGAAGAGGAAUUUCGAGCCGAGGUCGUCGUACGUGGUGGAGCGUCUCCGUGCCAACACUGAAUACAGCUUCUCUCUGGCCGCCGUUUCCAACAAAGGCAUCGGCGCGUUCAGCCAUGAGAUCGCCCAGCGCACCGCACAAGCCAAGCCCACGGCGCCUCCGCGAGAGGUCCGCUGUGUCAGCGCGAGCUCCACCGUACUGUCGGUAAGUUGGGCUCCGCCCCCGGAGGAGCAACAGAACGGCGAGCUGCUCGGUUACGAGUUGCGUUACGAGGUCUCUGGUGGUGACUCAGCACAGACGAUUCGUUUGGAGUCUGACGCGGGACAGACGCUGCUGACGGGCCUGCGGCGGUGGAGCGUUUACCGCGUCGCUGUAGUGGCACUCACGGCGCAGGGCAGCGGACCCGAGAGCUCACCUGUGGAGUGCAGCACGGAUGAAGACGUUCCAGGAGCUCCGCCCAGACAGGUGCAGGUUCAACCACUCAAUGGCACCUCCAUCAAAGUGUCGUGGCGCUCUGUGUUGCCAAGGCAACGGAACGGGCAGAUUCGAGGAUAUCAGGUGCACUAUGCUCGCAUGGAGAACAGAGAGUCACGAGGUCAGCCGCAAAUCAAAGACGUCAUGCUGGACGACGCGCAGAGAGAACUGGAUGAGACAGCAGAAUAUGAGAUGAUUGUUGAAGAUCUUCAGCCUGAGACGUUGUACUCCAUCAGUGUCACGGCGUACACUAUUAAAGGUGACGGAUCACGAAGCGUUGCUCAGCUGGUGCAGACGCCUGUAGCAUUACCCGCUCGUCCGUCUCUGUCAGUCCGGCUGGUUAACGACACGUCCGCUACGGUGUCCUGGACGCCUCAACAAUCAUCAAACCCGCUGCUACAGAUCCUGGGCUUUCACCUGACGUAUGGCCUUAAAAACGACACCCCGUCCUUUUCUGCGGAGGUCAAACCUGAAGAUCGUGAAUACAGCGUGAGCGACCUGCGUCCAGGAGCGGUUUACUCAUUCCUCCUGGCCGCUAGAGGGCGCUCCGGUUACGGUGAAGCGGGUCAAGAGGAUCUCACCGUGCCUGAGGUCCCUCCUAAUGGUUUUCCGCAGCUAUCGGAUGACGUGAACGCCACCUGCUGCUCGCUGCAGUUCACCUGGCGACCGCCGAACCCCUCGUUACAAAACACUAUUAUAAUGGGAUACACGCUUGAGUACGGCGAAGCAGGUGGUAUUGAACCAUGGACGCUGAUGUUACCGUUCGACGUGUUCAGCUACACCAUUCACGGCUUGAGCCCAGACCGGGCGUACGCUGUGAGAGUGUGUGCUCGGAUCAGCACCGGGGCCGGGCCGUGUAGUCCGCAGGUGUUGUACCGCACGACGGCCUUCGACACAGAUGUGCCGAGGAAUUUCUCUGUGAAUUUGGCGACUAAGACGAGUGUGUUGCUGACGUGGGAGUUUCCAGAGAGCAGCGCCCCCUAUCGCUUCACUGUGGAGUAUAACAGACAGAAGAUGGAGGUUGACGCUCGUUUGAGGAAGGCCGUGAUUCCAAACCUGCAGCCGGACACCAGCUACGACUUCAAGAUCACCAGUCCUGAGGGGAACAUGGGCGGCCUGAGACACCGAAUACACGCCAAGACGUCCCCCCCGAUCCUCAUCCGCCGGCCGGAGGUCGACCACACACGAGAGACCGAAGCGACCGUCACCAUCAUCCUGCCGUCAAUGGACACCCGCAGCAACAUCAGGAACAUCUAUGUGGUGGUGGUUCCUCUGAAGAGAGCUCGAGGGGUCAUACGACACCUGAAGAGUCCAGACGAGAUGGACCUGGAGGAGCUGUUGAAGGACAUCAGUCAGAAACAGAAAGAUCCUCGACAGCGUCAGGUGGACUUGCGGAGGGCAUACAUCACUGCCCGCUUCACGCCCGCCACACUGCCCGCCUUCUUCACCCUCGGAGACCAGCUGGACUACGGCGGCUUUGAGAACCGCGCACUGGAGCCGGGCCAGGAGUAUGUGUUCUUUAUAUUGGCAGAACUCAACUCAACCACUGGGAAGAUGUUUGUGGCCAGUCCGUACACUGACCCUGUGAUCGCGCCGGAUUCUGACCCUCAGCCUCUGGAUGCGGGUGACGGGCUCAUCUGGGUGGUCGGUCCCGUCCUCGCGGUGGUCUUUAUCAUCUGCAUCGUCAUCGCCAUUCUGCUCUACAAGAAUAAACCCCACAGUAAGCGGAAGGACUCUGAGCCGGGCACCAAGUGUUUACUGAAUAACGCCGAGAUGAUGGCGCAUCACCCGACCGACCCCGUCGAGAUGAGACGAAUCAACUUCCAGACGGCAGGUAUGAUGAAUCACCCCCCCAUCCCCAUCACAGCUCUGCCUGAGCACACAGACAGACUGAAGGCCAACGACAACCUGCACCUGUCGCAGGAGUAUGAGUCGAUUGAUCCUGGGCAGCAGUUCACAUGGGAACAUUCAAACCUUGAGGUGAACAAGCCAAAGAACCGUUACGCCAAUGUGAUCGCGUACGACCACACGCGUGUCAUCCUCGUGCCGAUAGACGGCAUUAUGGGUAGUGACUACAUCAAUGCAAACUAUAUCGAUGGCUACAGGAAGCAGAACGCGUAUAUCGCCGCACAGGGGCCGCUGCCUGAGACUUUCGGGGAUUUCUGGCGGAUGGUUUGGGAGCAGAGAGCCGCGUCUGUCGUCAUGAUGACUAAACUAGAGGAGAAAUCACGGAUCAAGUGUGAUCAGUACUGGCCCAGUCGUGGUACAGACACAUACGGGACGGUUCAGGUGUCUCUGCUGGACACGAUGGAACUCGCCACGUUCUGUGUUCGGACCUUCUCGCUGCACACGAGCGGCUCCAAUGAGAGACGAGAGGUGCGACAGUUCCAGUUCACAGCGUGGCCGGAUCACGGCGUUCCCGAAUAUCCCACGCCAUUCCUCGCCUUCCUGCGUAGAGUGAAAGCGUGCAACCCGCCAGACGCCGGACCCGUCGUCGUCCACUGCAGUGCGGGUGUGGGACGCACCGGCUGCUUUAUCGUCAUCGACGCCAUGCUGGAGCGCAUCCGUCACGAGCACACGGUGGACGUGUACGGUCACGUGACUCUGAUGCGUUCUCAGAGGAACUAUAUGGUCCAGACAGAAGAUCAGUACAGCUUCAUUCACGAGGCGCUGCUGGAGGCCGUGGCGUGCGGGAACACCGAGGUCGCGGCGCGCAGUCUCCAUUCGUACAUCCAGAAACUCUCGCAGGUGGAGGCGGAAGAACAUGUUACCGGAAUGGAGCUGGAGUUCAAGCGUCUGGCCAACACUAAAGCGCACACUUCACGGUUUGUGAGCGCUAAUCUGCCCUGCAACAAGUUCAAGAACCGUCUGGUGAACAUCAUGCCGUACGAGACCACCCGCGUGUGUCUGCAGCCAAUCAGAGGCCUGGAGGGCUCGGACUACAUCAACGCCAGCUUCAUAGAUGGAUACAGGCAGCAGAGGGCAUAUAUAGCGACACAAGGGCCGUUAGCCGAGACCACGGAAGACUUCUGGCGGAUGCUUUGGGAACACAACUCCACCAUCGUCGUCAUGUUGACCAAGCUGCGUGAAAUGGGGCGGGAGAAGUGUCAUCAGUACUGGCCCGCAGAACGCUCUGCCAGAUAUCAGUACUUUGUGGUCGACCCGAUGGCAGAAUACAACAUGCCGCAGUACAUACUGAGAGAGUUUAAAGUCACUGAUGCCAGGGACGGACAGUCGAGAACCGUCAGACAGUUCCAGUUCACUGAUUGGCCAGAACAAGGAGUUCCGAAGUCUGGAGAAGGAUUCAUUGAUUUCAUUGGUCAGGUGCACAAAACCAAGGAGCAGUUCGGUCAGGAUGGACCAAUCGCAGUCCACUGCAGUGCGGGUGUGGGCAGGACAGGUGUGUUCAUCACUCUCAGUAUAGUUCUGGAGCGGAUGCGUUAUGAGGGUGCAGUCGACAUCUUCCAGACAGUGAAAAUGCUGCGCACACAGCGACCGGCGAUGGUUCAGACUGAGGACGAGUAUCAGUUCUGUUAUCAGGCCGGUUUGGAGUAUCUGGGGAGUUUUGAUCACUAUGCAACAUAAGAAGAAGACCAGAAACAUCUGGACUCGUCGAUCCCCCUCAACCGUCUGCAAACACACUACAAACACUCGCUGGAGACCCA